AUGGAACCAGACUCAAAGAAACAGAAUACAGGAAAAACUUCCUUAGACAAUUUGAAGGAAACCGGUACUAUUGUUGUUGCAGACACAGGCGAUUUUGAAGAAAUUGAGAAAUAUUCACCCCAAGAUGCAACAACAAACCCAACACUUCUCUUAGCUGCUUCCAAAAAAGAGUCAUAUCAACCUUUGAUGAAUACUGCCAUUGAGUACGGAAAAAAGAAUGGUUCUUUAUUAGGGGAACAAGUGGAUAUUGCCAUGGAUAAAUUAUUUGUAGAAUUUGGUAGAUCAAUUCUCAACAUUGUCCCUGGAAGAGUUUCAACAGAAGUAGAUGCAAGGUUGUCGUUCAACAGGAAGGCCACGGUUACUAAAGCUAUAAAUUUAAUCGAUCUCUAUGAGAAGGAAGGAGUCUCUAAGGAUCGCGUCUUAAUUAAGAUUGGUGCUACAUGGGAAGGAAUUCAAGCUGCUAAGGAAUUAGAAUCAGACCAUGGAAUCCAUACCAACCUAACCCUACUGUUUUCAUUUGUUCAAGCUGUAGCUUGUGCAGAGGCUGGCGUUACACUGAUAUCACCAUUUAUUGGUCGUAUUAUGGAUUUUUUUAAAGAAAAAACUGGGAAAACAUAUACUGCAAACGAUGAUCCAGGCGUUUUAUUAGUUAAGAGAAUCUACUAUUACUAUAAGAAACACGGUUAUAACACUACCAUAAUGGGUGCCUCUUUUAGAAAUAUUGACGAAAUUAAAGCAUUAGCAGGUCUUGAUCAUGUAACAUUAUCAUUGAAUUUAUUAGAUAAAUUACUGAGUAGUAAAGAAGAAAUACCCAAACAACUAAAUCUUAAAACUGCCAAAGAUAAGGGUGAAAGUAAAAUUUCAUUUAUUAAUAAUGAAUCCAAAUUUAGAUAUGAUUUCAACGAAGAUGAAGCUGCCGUAAUCAAAAUGGCUGAAGGAAUUAGAAAAUUUGCUAAAGAUGCAGAUAUGUUACAAAACUUAAUAGAAAAGAAACUUUCUGAGUGA